GAUAUCCAUCAUUUGCUCAAAAAUGAGAUCGCAAAUGUCAUUAUUUAUUAUUGCAUUUUUGGCAAUAAUAAUAUCAAAUGUUACGGCUGACGUACUUCCACAAAAUAACUUAAUUGUUGGAGAGUUGGGAGAUCACGAUCAAUUGCUUGAGCGAAGAAAAGUGGAAGAGUCAUUCUCAUUAGGAAUAAAAAAAACAAUCUCAGAACUGUUUGAAGGCGACAGACAAACAAAAAUUACUCACAUCCGAGCUCUGGAUCAGCAUGAAAAUGGCCAUGGUGCUGUAGCUACAAUUAAGAAAGGUGGAAUUGGACUGACUUAUGUGGAAAUUGAGUUUGAAAGCCAACCAUUCCGAGGAAUUGAUUUCAUCGUUGAAAUUUAUGGAUCGCGAACAUAACAAUUGCAGUGCUAAAUGAAAAAAAAAUAUAAAACCUCAUCGUUUUUAGCACCAA